AUGCCUCACAUGAAUGAUAAAUACAUGAAUCUGCCCAUUUCACAUAAUGGCACAUCUGAGUACACAACAAGAACAACAACAACAACAACAAAGUACAGUAAUAAUGAAAUGCACAUGGUUAUACCUGGGAAUCCAUCAAAACAAUCGAGUUAUACUGAACAAAUAAUACCUCCUGGGAGCAGUAACAAAAUGGCUAUAAAAUUAAGUCAGAUUAUGAAACAGUUAUCACGAAAAAUGUGCAGACAAUUACUACUUCCAAAUGAAUAUACAGAAUUGAAAUCUGUACCACAGUUAGAAAAAUCGUUAAAUGUCGCCAAGUCUAUUUCAAAUAGAGUCUUGUAUGCUAAAUUUAAUAGAAGUAAUCAACCGGAGGAGGAAGAGAAAAAGAAGGGGAAAAAUUCGAAAGAAGCCCAAGAUGAAAAUAAUGAUGACAAUAUCGACGAGAAUAUUGAUGAUUACCAAUAUAAGGAUUUCGGUUAUGGUCAGGCUGAUAGAGAAGGCGAACUCCGAGAAUACAUUCUAAGUGCGAUGAACAAAAAUUCGCCUAGAAAACAUCUUUAUGGGAGUUUACCAAAAAAAGCAACAACACAUAUGCAUAGUAGAACACAAACUGUUGGCACUCAAAUUACAAGCAAGCAUAAAUCCUUUAAAGAUGGAAAGCAGUCACCACCUAUUGAGCAUUUGUUUCUAUCCACAUAUGCUCCAGAGUUUACAGGAUCGCCAACUGCACAACACUUACAAGAGAAUUUAAAUCGAAUGCUGAACCAACUCAUAAGCAAUGAACCCAAUAAGUUAAACAACAAUGUUGGUGCACAGAGCAAUGAUGCCAUUGAAAAUAUUACAUCAUUCAAUAUGACAGAUUACCCACUGAUGAUGGACCUCUUGGAAAAUCAGAAAGGACUCUGCGAAUCCACAUCAAUUCAUAGAGAUUCUGCUUGCGAAUCCGAUAGUCUGUCUACAUUAACGGAUGAAUUAUAUUCAUUUAAAAAUUCCUUUGAGUUCCUUGAAUCCACAUCACAUCAAACAUUACCUAAAAUAACUAACGAUUCAAUGUUUUCAUCUACUACAUGGCAAAAAUUCAUGGAGUUAUGGAAUCGUUCAAUUAACGAAGAACGUUUAUUUUGGCAAAAACAGUUACUGGAGAGAACUAAAUUUAAUUAUUAUAAUGAUAAUGAAUUAAUCGAUAUAAAAUCUCUUCUAAACGAUGCUAGCCAUUUUCAUACUGAAGAGCUACGUUUAUUGUGGAAACAAAUCUACGAAAGCUGGGUGCCACGUGACUAUCUACAAUACUUUUCGGAUGAAACAAGGAAAGUAUUUGUCAACUUAAAUCUUGUCAUCGAGAAAUUGCUGUCCUUCAUUGAGAAAAACAGCAGUGACAUUACCUCACUGAAUCUAAUCAAUCUUCAAAGUGACGUGAAAUGUAACCUCACAAGGUAUAUGCAUACUCGUCUGGAGAAUCAGAAACAGUCUCAGCAGACAAGAAGGUGCACAGCACACAAUUUACAUCUUGAAUUGAAUAAACGACUAUCCAACUCGUGUAGCUCAAUUGAUAAGAUCAAGAAUGUAGCUGAAGCAUCGAAGACUCAGUCGUCAGUUGAUGAGGAUCACAGAAUAAAUUUCAAUAAAAUGAGAGAAAUACUAAAAAUGAGUCAUCAACAACUCUUAGAACAAAUUUAUCAUGUGACUGAUAUGGUUGGCGCUGCACUUGAUACAGACCUGGAAGAUGUGAUCAAUGGAGUACACCUCGAUGGAUCAGAGAAUAGAAAUGCUAAUGGAAAAAGCAAUUUUGAUGCAAGAAGUUCAAUGGCCGCUGAUAUGCUUACAAGUCCAUCAGCUCCAGGCCUGCAAGUUGUAGCCAAACUGCACAGUGCUAUACUUGAUUUAGAAACACGCUUGGAUACAAUGUGUAAUAAUAAUCCAAUAAUUGCUGAGAAUAUAACAAAUUCAAUUGUAGAGUGCAGCUUAAAUCAAGGCGACAAAAAUAUCAUUAACCAUGAAGCAUUUGCGUCUGAUCGAUAUCAAAAGCUGAAUGGAGGUUGUACCGCAGACCUACUAGACAUAAUGACCUCAGGAUCGAAUAAACAUGAUACUGAAGGUGCACAAAUAGAUGAUUUACAAAAUACACAACUCAUGAAUGUCAUCGGAGAUAGUGUGAAUAUUAAAAAUCAUAUUUCAGGAGAUAUUUCCUCGGUUCCCCUAAGCAAAGUAGUUUACAGUAGUUGAGAUGAUAUUGAUAGGCAACUUGAUGGCAAAAACAUUUAAAUCCUCAACAGAAAUUUUAGAGAAAUUACUAAAGAUUUGUUUAACUAAACAUCUUGCAAACUCAAUAAUCCACUGCUACAUGCAAUAACCUUAAAUCAUACUAUUCUCAAACGACUAAUUAUUCUAUCUUUUGCAUAAUAUCUAUCUACUUAGUUAAAAGUUACAUUUUUUCAAAGUUUCUUCAUUUAUUUUAAUUCUUAUUUGUUU